AUGGAGGAACGAGCCUCUGACAUCGGUACCCGAAGUCUACCCGGCGCCAUUGGCAUGUAUGGACUGGCAAUCGGCGUGUCAAACAUCUCCGAGACUCUGCCUCGACCGGCAUAUGCUCUCCUAUCGGGUCUGAACGCCGCGGCUGUAGGUAUCAUUGCGCUGGCGGCCGUGGAACUUUCCCAGAAGGCCAUCACCGAUAAGCUCACUCGAGUCAUUGUGUUCUUGACCGCUGCCGCCGGCCUACUGUACAACGCUCUCUGGUACUUUCCCGUGCUGCUGGUUGUGAGCGGCGCUGCAACGCUUGUGAACGACUCCCGCCUACUGCAUCGAGCUCUCAACAAGAUUUUGCUCAGAAUACAGCGGAAUCCGCCAGUCAGGGCCCAUGAAGAGAACGGUGUAUUUGCCGCAGAGUUAUCCGCCAUGCCAUCGCAGAAUCGUUCAACCCGGAGCCCUUCACCCGCGCAAGACGCUUCCGCUGCUCAGUCGAUACAAGAACAGCUUGAGUCGGCACACGAGCCUCGGGUAAUCCCGCAGCAGGUUCAGCUCAAUAUCUCAUGGAAGCUGGGCGUCGCCAUCAUCGUGACCUUCUUUGCGACCUUCAUCGCGGCCAUGGUGCUGCGCGGCACCCUCGCGGCCCCGCCUCUGCUCUACAGCCUCUUCGCCAACAUGUACCUUGCGGGCACUAUCAUCUUUGGAGGCGGGCCCGUGGUCAUCCCGCUGCUUCGCGAGUACGUCGUGGCUCAGGGUUGGGUUAGCCCCCGUGACUUUCUCAUCGGCCUUGCCAUCAUCCAGGCCUUUCCUGGGCCGAACUUCAACUUUGCCGUCUUUCUUGGCAGUCUGACUGCGAUCAAUGGCGGUUAUAGCCCUGUCGCGGGCGCGUUGCUCGCCUGGGUGGGCAUCUUCAGCCCUGGAAUGGUUCUCGUGCAUGGCACGAUGGGUAUCUGGAGUGCGCUGCGGAGCAGGCCCUGGGUCAAGUCUGUCCUUCGGGGUGUAAACGCUGGGGCCGUCGGCCUGAUCUACACGGCCGUGUAUCGUAUCUGGCAGGUGGGAUACAUCGACGAAGGAUUCCAGUCCGGGCGCAGCUUGGCCGAUGAUCCGUGGUGGGUGGUUGUCACUGCUACGAGUUAUGUCGGGGGUGCCUGGUUCGGCGUCAAGGCGCCAGUUGCUAUCAUUAUUGGUGCUGUGUUGGGUCUAGUACGAUACGGUGUUGUGAAUGCCUAG